UGUGUCUCUGCGGAAGUUAUUGUUGCUGUUGAUGUGAACACUAUAGCUAAUGAUGUUUACAAGCACAACUUUCCCAGUACUUUGUUAUGGCCAAAGACAAUUGAGGGCAUCUCAUUAGAUGAAUUCAACAAACUCUCAUUUGAUAUGAUACUAAUGAGUCCACCAUGUCAGCCAUUUACGAGAAUUGGCUUGCAAGGUGAUGUGAUGGACCCAAGAACAAAGAGUUUUCUCCACAUCCUAGAUAUUCUACCUAGUCUGAAAAAGCUCCCAAAAUGUAUUCUUCUUGAGAAUGUUAAAGGCUUUGAAACAUCAUCUGCAAGGGAUAAAUUGAUAGUGGCAUUGAAGAACUGUGGAUAUGUAUAUCAAGAAUUUCUUCUGUCUCCAACUUGUAUAGGAAUUCCAAAUUCAAGACUGCGCUAUUUUCUCAUUGCUAAACAUAAGCUGGAACCACUUUGUUUUCAAGUUACCACACAGAUACUUGACAGGUUUCCAGAAGAUCUAAAUACUACAAAUCUUGAAAGUUCCUCAUGCAUACAUGAAGAUGUGACAAGAUGUGGCACAAGUCAACAGAUCCAAAAUAGUAGUGAUAAUUGUUGCAAAGAACACCCAGAGAAAAAAGAUUUUGUCUUUAAAAUGGAAACUGAAGAGGAAGUAACAAGGAAGCAGAAUCAGGAUAACAACAAGUCCAUUCAGGAACUGCACAAUUACUUGGAAAAAGAUGUUGAACUAAAUAUGAGUCUGUAUCUCAUACCCCCAAAGUCAUUACUGCGAUAUGCAUUAAUAAUGGACAUUGUUAAGCCUACGAGUAGGAGAUCGAUUUGUUUUACAAAAGGGUACGGGCAUUACAUAGAAGGAACAGGAUCUGUUCUACAAACUGCUCAUGAAGUAGAGAUUGAGACUGCAUUUAAAUCUUGGGAUUCAUUAUCAGAAGAAGAAAAAUUAAAACAGUUGUCCUUAUUACAUGUACGAUAUUUUACUCCCCGAGAGAUUGCUAAUAUCCAUGGAUUUCCUGUAGAAUUUAGCUUCCCUGAUAAUGUGACAGUGAAGCAACGCUACCGUUUACUGGGCAACAGCUUAAAUGUACAUGUUGUAUCUAAACUCAUUUCACUGAUGCUCAGAUAAUGUACAGUGUUAUGCCUAUGAUGUUUGCACUGGUACAUUACUUUACACCCCUGGCCAUGAUAACAAGAAUUGAUGUGAAACAGAAAAUAAUGACUUUGAACUGUAUCAAUUAUAACAAAAGUGAGAUGUUAAAGAUGUUUGUUUUGCAUUACAAAACACGUAUCCCUCUAAUUUAUUGUAUUCGUUAAAAAAUGCUGACUUUAAACUCAAUACAUAUGUUGUUCCAUUACAUUAAUUCUGUAGACUACAUGCUAAAACUAAACUGCUGUUUGUCUUUUUUUUCUGCUGUUGUCUGCGUCCAUUCAGUUUACCAUACUUACUACUGCAGUUAAUAAAACUGCUUAAGUCAUAA